AUGCUUCGGUGGCAGAAGACGUGUCUAAGCCUUCAAGGUCUGGGAUACACGAUUGUCUUGUUACAGAGCCUGGUUUGGCUUCUCCUUGUUUAUGCCUUGAUCAUCGGAGGUGGGAAUGUUCUUGUAGAUGGCUGCAAGAAAAUUGGCUUUUACAAUUACUGCUUCCACAACACAACAAAUGAUGAUGACUGUCACUGUAUCACCCAUUUCAGCGACCUGAACUCCAAAAUCACCUCCCAUGGUCUUACCUUGUCCCUCAUUUUGACAUACUCUUCACUGGUCAUCGUAGUCAUGGGCCUUGUAAACUUGGCAUUAGCUCAGUGGCUCAAAGAUGACACCUUAUGGAACUUUCAACUAGGCUUAAACAUUUUAAGUCUAGUAGGACUUUUCUUGGGAACAAUCAGUCACCUCUUCCUUACCCUGGACCAGUUUGACCUUUCCCGUGUGACUCUUGGUUUCUUGGCUUUACAGCUGGCUGUUGGUGGUUUAUUUCUUCAGAUUUGUCUCAUAAGAAUUUACAUAAGACUCAACAGUGUGUUGUCAACAUCUAAAACCGGGGGCCAUGCUGCUUAG